GACGCAGCCAGAGCACUGAGAGACAUCAGGUAUUGAUGUAACUGGAUUUAAUAAGGGAACCUUCUUCCUGGGCACAGACAUUGGAGCCUGUUAUCACCAUGAACUCAUAUGUGUUAGACAAACACGUGAAUGGUUCAUAUCCAUCCUUCACUACAGGAAGCAUCAGAAUUACACCACAAACUCCAAAAGUCUUAGAUACUAAUGACUAUUCGCAAACAUUGAGGAUAUCACAGCAGAUAUUUAAAGAAGAUGGUGAAUUGGCAGGAACUGGGCUGCAAUCACUAUGUACAGAGAGUAAUUUAGUCAUCAAACAAGAGGACAACAUUUAUGAAUUAUCUAGUGAAAUUAUUAUCCCAGAGGAUAAACCACAAAUAUUUACUGAGUUUUCAAAACAUAUUAAAGAAGAGAAAAGUCUACAGUCUAGCCAAAUGAUUCGUACAAAGGAGGAACCUUUCAAAUCUACAGAAUGUGAGAAAAACUUUAGAUGGAAGUCUCAUCUACUAGAACACCACACAAUUUACACAGGUGAGAAGCCACACAAAUGUACUGAGUGCGGCAAAUGUUUUACACGAAUGAAUCAUCUGAAAACUCAUAAAAAGAUUCACACAGGAGAAAAGCCUUUCACAUGUACAGAGUGCGGAAAAUGUUUUAAACGAAUGGAUCAUCUGAAAACUCAUAAAAAGAUUCACACAGGAGAAAAGCCUUUCACAUGUACAGAGUGUGGAAAAAGUUUUACAGAAAUGAAUUGUCUGAAAACUCAUGAAAUGAUUCACACAGGAGAAAAGCCUUUCAAAUGUACAGAGUGUGGAAAAAGUUUUACACGAAUGGAUUGUCUGAAAACUCAUGAAAGGAGCCACACAGGUGAAAAGCCUUUCACAUGUGCAGAGUGUGGAAAAAGUUAUACAGAAAAGAGUAGUCUGAAAACUCAUGAAAGGAUUCACACAGGUGAAAAGCCUUUCACAUGUACAGAGUGUGGAAAAAGUUUUACACGAAUGGUUAGUUUGAAAAAUCAUGAAAAGACUCACACAGGAGAAAAGCCUUUCACAUGUACAGAGUGUGGAAAAAGUUUUACAAAAAAGAGUAAACUGAAAACUCAUGAAAGAAGUCACACAGGGGUAAAGCCUUUCACAUGUACAGAGUGUGGAAAAAGUUUUACAGAAAAGAGUAUUCUGAAAAGUCAUGAAUUUAUUCACACAGGAGAAAAACCUUUCAGAUGUACAGAGUGUGGAAAAGGUUUUACACAUUGGAGUCAUCUGAAAGCUCAUGAAAGGAUUCACACAGGAGAAAAGCCUUUCACAUGCACAGUGUGUGGAAAAAGUUUUGCAGAAAAGAGUAAACUGAAAAAACACGAAAGAAUUCACACAGGGGAAAAGCCUUUCACAUGUACAGAGUGUGGAAAAAGUUUUAGAGAAAAGAGUAAACUGAAAAAACACGAAAGAAUUCACACAGGGGAAAAGCCUUUCACAUGUACAGAGUGUGGAAAAAGUUUUACACAAAUGGUUUGUUUGAAAAAUCAUGAUAAGACUCACACAGGAGAAAAGCCUUUCACAUGUACAGAGUGUGGAAAAAGUUUUAUAAAAAAGAGUAAACUGAAAACUCAUGAAAGAAGUCACACAGGGGAAAAGCCUUUCACAUGUACAGAGUGUGGAAAAAGUUUUACAGAAAAGAGUAAACUGAAAAAACACGAAAGAAUUCACACAGGGGAAAAGCCUUUUACAUGUACAGAGUGUGGAAAAAGUUUUACACAAAAGAGUAAUCUGAAAACUCAUGAAAGGAUUCACAAGGGAAGAAUCCUUUCACCUGUUUAGAAAGUGGAAAAAAGGUUUUUUAUUGAAAAUCGGGUAUUACAAAAUGCCAAAUAUUUACACACAAAUAAAAUUUAUACACACAGUGUACAAACCUUUUUACUAAAGAGGACAAACUCUCUAAAAAGAAGCAUCAAAAAGAUGUUAUUGGGGGGGCCGAGCCAACUGUGAAGCAGUACAGUCGCACAUUUCAGUAGCUCCGAGUAUAACAUAUAAAAAACUAAUUUGAAGACUGUUCAAGUUAAAAUAUCUAGCCCUCAACGAAGAUUGAUUGGUACAAGCAACCUGCGCACCUAGUCCUAACGAGAGCUUCACUGAAUUGAUGGACCCUCAUAAUUCCGGUGUGUACAUCGCUGACAAGUUGCCUUGAAACCGGCCAUCUUGGGCCCAUUACUAUUUGUAUUAUUUUCAAGCCCAAUGCCUAUUCCUAUCUCUAGCUAUGACAACUGGGGAGCAAAUUAUGGAAGAGAUCCACAUUUUUCUAGAAAGGUGCUGUAGUGUGUCUGCACACCUAACCAUUUUGUUGCCCCAGCAGGUUGAUGACAUGUUUGCGGACCAUGCUGCCCACACACCCAUUUUCAUUGCUACUCCCAGGGGUUAUGAUGCUUUGGGGCCCCAGCAUUCCCCUUCUUCCAGGCAUACCAUUUUGGGAGAGGAGUAUAGGGCUGUAGCGAUUCACCAGAUUUGGAGGGAGACCGAGGACAAGGCAUUUCAGACAGAGUACCUAACAUCUCCAAGCAAUGUAGACACUGUUGGCAUGCCAUCAGGUGCGAUAGAGUGCAUUGGAUCAGCACGGCAGCAAGUAUCCUACUGAGUCCCAUAGUAGCGGGUGGGGCCUACUACUUACAUCUACAAUAGAUAAUACAGAAGCCCAAGACAGCUCUUACCUCUUUCACUAGGAGCCUUUUCAUCAUUGGGCUGCUUUGCCCAGCGCCGCUCAUUUGCGGCAGUCCAGAAUUGUGACUCAGUAGCCCAGAGACUUGUGGAACUACACCGCAACUGUUCCAGCAAGGAUGGUGUGGGCUAGACGGUCAAAACAUACAUGGCACUCAGAAUGUGAUGGUCUGGUGUGGGGUAGAGGAUGCCUCUUAUCGGGUCUGCCAGUGAGAUUGAAUGAAAAAACGGACAUUCCCUAUAGUUAUAUAAAAUAGACUUAUUUGUUUUGGGGGAGACCAGCCUUGGACUUGAUGCUUUAGUACACUACCGAUUAGCCACUUUAGUUACCUCCAGUUGUAUGCAAUUUAGAUAGAUUAAUCUGUAUUAUACACUGUCUUAUAUAUUAUGCAAUGUAUUGCUCUAUUGUUGUAAAGAGCUCUGUUCUAGCUAGAAAUGUUUACCUAAUACCUAGAGUGUGUUCCCUUGCUGAAUCUAAUACUGCUUAACGCCCUAGCACAUGAUACUUGACCUAUUUAACCCUCAAAUAUGUUUUACACCAUAUCAAACUUUUUAUAUCUGGGCUCCUGCUACACACUCGUAGCUGCUCAUAACUUCUGAAAAUUAGCUUGACUAUCACAUAUUAAUGAGUUAGAGCAGCCAUCAUACUACAUUUCUAGGUAAGAGGUAUCUAUAUUGUAUUAACCAUGCUUGUAGAUCCUUGGAGCUGUUUCUAAUUAGGGCAUAUCACUGACAGCGGCCGGGGCAGUGGGUGCCCAUUUUUUCCAAGUUUAUGGCUCUAUGGAAGAAUUCUGGAUCUAGCUUUUAGAUCUCGCUCUACAUUACAUUGCAAAUCGCCCUGUAUAAGUAGGGUCUUUUUAUUACAUGAUAAAGUCUCAGACAUGUUACCAAUAUUGUAUGUUUAACUGUCCUAUCAUAACAGCAAAUGCGCAUGAUUUCUACGCUGGCCCAUUCCACGCUUGUUAAGCUGACAUGGAAAUAUGCGUAUGUUUAUGUUGCGCUGUAGCACUGAAGCCUGUCUACUUAGUGUACUUAGCAUUUGAUACCUAAUACAUUUAUCCAAUUACCCUUCCCCUACCUCAUAAUAAGCCUUUCAGUCCCUAAGAUACUUAUUUUACUUAUUUUAUUUACAUUACCACCUCCCCCCACCACCACCAUAAUAAACCUCCUUUUAUAGGAGGGCUAGCUACGCAGCUUGUCUUUCUUGUGCCGCAUCCCAACCAUAGUUCUUUCCUAACAAUAUUGUAUACCUUUACUCAACAACAACCCCUGUUCCUAUAAUGUCUUUAUAUAUCAGACCCAAGAGGAUCUUACCAUGUUAUCUCUGGGACAGAAAACUUUAGUCUAUUGUAAGCAUCCUUAUGGAAAGAAAAAUAGCACCACGAAAAAUAACCUACAAAAUCCGAGGUCAUAAUUGUGAGAUCCAAGAGUGAUCUCUCUUUUUCCUUAUACCUUCCCUCACUUUCAGUUAUUUCCCUCUUGUUUGGUCCAUAAGGGACCUCCAGUGUUGGCUAGAGAAGGUUCCCCUUUAUAUAGGCAUUACAUACUAACUUUGUUGUUUUUUUUCUGUUUUAAUUAUGUAACAUUUUAAGAAAACUUACUGUAUGCCAUUUUCGUUUCAUACUUAUGCUGUUUGUAUGCCUAUUUUGAGUACCUCAAUAAAAAUUGUAUAAAA